UCAGGAACUUUAUCUGGCCGGGAAUUGCCGCGGCACGCUGGGCUCUGGUGCGUGGUGCCAGGAUCCCUGGGCUGGCAUCUGCACACAGGAUGAAUUAAAUGCACACACGCCUCCCGGGAAGCGCCAUGGCUGGGUUCUACGGGUGCCUAAAAAGUAAAAAUGACUAUAUAAUGGCUACGAGACCCACAGAGGUCACACCAUCACCUGAAACUGGAGACACAGUUGAAGCAUGCACAGGAAAGAAAAAAUCCAAAUUUCAGACUUUCAAGAACUUCUUUGCCAAGAAGAAAAGGAAAGAACCUCCACCUCCCAGGGGAGAGAGUAAUUUAAAACCUUGCCAGUCCAGCAGUGAUGUCAGCAUCGCUGUGCUCAACACUACUGCACUUCAUUCACCGAGGGAGGCUGGGCACAAGGGUAGCAUGGGAAACAAAGCCUUGUCCCAUGACAGUGUCUUCAUUUUUGAGUCUGCACCAGGAAAUGUGACAGGUGAUGUCUUGUCUCAGGAAAACAUACCUGGAAGAGUGAAGACUUUGCAGCUUCAGCUGCAGCAGACUGUCCGACUUGGAUCACCUCCUCUUGUUAUAAGUGGGAAAAAGCUGGAAGAUGCAGGUGCUGUUUCUGAAGAUGAUGGUUUACCUAGAAGCCCUCCUGAAAUUUCAACCCUUCAUGAAGUUCUGACAGAUUCGCCAAACAAGUCCUCCAACCCUGUUCAGCGUCAUAGUUCUUUGAGUUUAGGAGGGACAGACAGUGAAGAUGAACAGAUACCUUCUGGAGCUUCCUCCAGACCCAUCAGUCCUUUAUCCUCUGCCACUCAGGGGACCCCCAUCUCACGAGGCAGCAGCUUCCUUCCUGUUGAUUUUACCAUUCCUGCCAGCCCCCUUGGCUGCCUGGACACCUCAGCAGCCAGGCACAGGAUUGCCAUCAACCCUCGCAAACAGAAAGGCUUCACCAACAAGCAUCACCUCCAGGUGGAACAGCUGGAAAAUGAAGCAUAUCUUCCUGCAACUCCAGAAAGGAAGGGAAAUUCAACAGAAUUACUUGAGAGUGACAAACAUAAAAGUGAUUGGGAAGGAUUAUCAGCCCAGGUGGGACACUGGGCAAAGGGAGGUGGUUUUAAGGAAACACCAGGUGUAAAAACUCCCCCUGAUGCUGCCCCUGGCUCUUGUGAUUCCACACUUGUGGUAGAAGACCCCGGUGCUGUGCUGCAAGAGGAUGGAUACCUUCCUGGUGUGGACCAUCACUAUAAAGGAGCCACACUCCUUCUGAGGCCUGAGUCUUCUCCAGCAAACCUGGAAGAACAGCACAGUGCACGAGUGUUGUACUCUGCAGAUGAGUCUGCUACUGAAUCAAAAGUUCAUCCACAAAGAAUCUGGGCUGAAGUACCUGCACUUCCAGAAUUGCAGCAGCUUGAAGGAGAAGCUGUUGUGUCUCCAGACAUACCAGCAGCUGACUUGUUCAGCAGUGGUGUGGAAACAGUGGGCAUGGAUAUAUUGCCAGACGUGCAAAGUUCCUCAGUAAAUUCUGUGGAUCCAAACAUUGAAGUCCAGGAAAAGGGGGAUCCACUGUUUGCUGGCAAAGGACUCUGCUUUGGUACUACUGGGAAUCAUUCCAACCAUGCUCUCUCAGGUACUGCACUGAGCACUCCACAAGUUGCAGUAGCUGACUCAGAGUCUUGUUCUGACAUCAAGUCAGUGACUGUUUUGAGGUCUGAAAAGAGUUCAGUAGCAAAAAAUGACAAAGAAACUUGUGAAAUUAUGGGAUUUCUGUUACCCAAGGACAGUGUAGAAAAAAAAAUAGACACUGCUGCAUCUGUCUCAGAAGCAGUUUGUGUGGAACCUUGCUGUAAAUUAGAAGUAUGUUUUAAAGCAGAAAUUGUUCCAGUUUCAAAGGGCAACCAAGGCAGUCAACAGGCAAACACAUCCAUUUCUGAAAAACUUUCCAUUGGGUGUCUUGCCUCUUCAAGUUUGGCUGGCUUGAAGAGUAGUAUAUCUUCUGAUGCUAGCAGUAAGGAGUACCAGAUAAGCAGUGCAGCUUCUCACAGAAAAACAGCAGAAGGCAGUCAAUCAUCAGAUGAAAAUAUGAAAAGUCCACUGAAGACUGCUUCUGCUAAACCAGUCAGAUUUACCAUUGCACCAGCAUGGCAAAGGUCUCUCUCAGGGGGUUCAAAUUCAAAGGAAGAUUGCUAUUCCAGAAGUUCUCCAACAUCCCCUAUAAGACCAGAGUUCUUUGAAGGAAUGACAAAGGAGCAGACACGCUUUGAUGCAGUUAUGCAGGAAUCAGCGAAAACCAACUCAGAUAGAUUUGAUCAAGAUUGUAAGGACAGAGACCUGCAUUUGAAAUCUUUUAUGGAGUGGGCUGACCAUGAAACACAAAAUUUUGAGAGCCCAUUUGGGGUCAGACUAAGAAGAACAUCGUCUUUACUAAAAUACCAGAAUGAAAGCCGUGUAGAGUCCCCAAAGCUGAUCCCCUCAGCUGUUCCAGUUGCUUCUUCUGCUUCAGUCAAGGAGAAUCAGAAAUUGAUGGGCACUGGGAAGCCACCUCCAAGCACUCCUGUCAACACAAAGUCAGUUGUUAAAAAAACAGAUCUAGAAGACAAAAAUCCUGCCAAGGCAAGAUCAGAAGAAGUGGCAAAGAAGCAAAAUGGUUAUAAACCUUCAGAAAAAGUAUCUCCAUAUUUGGAAACUGCUUCCUCUCAACCAGCUUGGGUCUCCAUGGCAAAACUAAAACAAAAGGGUUUCCAGGACCAUCCUCUUGCCAAAGAACAUAAAGAUGAAGACAAAGCUUUGACCAAAGUGGAUCAAGGGGAGCAAGAGACCUGUGCUAGUGAGAACUCACUGAAGAAGAAUACGCCCUCCAGCUCUCAGGACAAGAAAACACAAACGAAGACUGGUGUGUCUGCAGCAGCAGGUAAAGUUGGACCAAUUUCUCAGGAAGCAUCUGUGGUUCCUGCUGUUGGAAAGGAAGCAAGGCACUCCUCUAACCUGCCAAUGACACCCUGCAGUCCUGCUGAACCGCCCUGGCUGUCCCUGGCCAAGAAGAAAGCCAAAGCAUGGAGUGAAAUGCCCCAGAUCGUACAAUAGCAAAUGACACGAGCAUCCUUCUUUGCAUUGCCAAUAGCUGUGUUAACUCCACUUAAUCCCUUCUUUACUGUGACCAUUUUUUUUUCUUUUGAGAAAUAAGAGCCUUAAAACUUUUGAUCAGACUGUUGUACGUAAAGACAUACCGAAAAAAUGCCAUUGUGGGCUUAAUUUGAUAUAUUAGGAAGCUGAGCAUUUCCUACUACCAAACACUAGGAAAGUUUGAUUCAUUUUUAUAUGGUUACACAUCUGAUAGUGGUGUUCUAAGGAGACAUGCUUCAGGCUUUUGAAACAUUUCUCUAGUGAAAUUUUAAAAGUUUCUUUUAAAGAAACUUGUUCUUUUAAAGAGGUCGUACAGUAUUUUGUACAGUUUGGCUUUGAGCUAAGAAAUUAAUGAAUGCUUUAAAAUAGAUAAAAUGCUGGGCACUGACGCACCGUGAGUCAUGGACAUUGAUGUCAUCACACUUCUUUCUCUAGUGCUCUCCAAUGGGCAGCCUGACUCUUCUUCAGAUUGUUAAUGGAUCUGUUUUGUGAUAGCUGUGAGAUCUAAACACAUUGUGAGUUGGAGUGAUUCUGGCUUUUGUGUGAUUUGAAAUCUCAGUGCUGUUGGUCUCGUGCUUUGCUCACAGAUACUGCUCACUGGAAUGGCCCAGAGCUGCACACCCAUUCUUUCCCGUGCACUGGAAAACCACACUGUAGCAUGUAGUCUGCUUUUAGUUAUACCUUUAGAAAUCUGGGUAAAUUAAACAUUCUACUAAAAAAAUCCUUCCUUUCUUUAAUUAUGGCAAAUAGUGAUUUUUUUUGGGGGGGUGAGAUUCCUCAGCCAAUUGUCUCUCUUAAAGGGUGUGUUAGGGGGAGAAUUUGCUCCUUAGACAGUGGCAUCUUGUUUUCAAGAAAUGCCACUCUCCAUGUUCAUAAGGAUGUAUAUUUAGUCAAUUGUAUCUAAUGUUAGUCAAAAAAGGGGCAUCUGCUUUCCUUCUUGUCUCAUCAGUCUUUAACCAUUAACUCAACAUCAGUCUGAGAGUGUGCAGCUGGAGCAGGAUUAUUUUCUCAGGGCCUGGCCUUGCAGUCACUCAAACUCAUAAAAGUUUUGCUAUUGACUUUGAAGGAUGCAAAUAUUUGAAAAAUAAGCUCUGUGAAGUGAUGUUGGUGGCUUAAGAGACAGUGGCACUUACUGGUCCUUCCAGUUCUUGCAGAAUUGCAUGUUUAUGUAGUUUUUGUUUACAGUCGGUGCAAAAUUUGAAGGCUGAUGCACUGUUUUUAGCUGGAAAGUUGGUCAGAAUUUUUAAAGGAAAAUAUUAUCUACUGAUAAGAUUAACUGCAAACCAAAGAAAAUUGGUUUAAGAUCAGUUCAAGCAAGACUUCAAUCUUCCAGUCUUGGCCUGGAUUUAAUAUGAAGCUUUUGUAAUUUGAAAACAGUAUUAACUAGGAGCUAGACUGCAAUUUUUUUUUUUUAAUAUAGGUAAAAGUUAAUUACCCAGGAAGGCUCAGAAUCUAAAGAUACUAUUUAUUUUGGACUAACACCAGAAAGAGUAGGAGUUUCACAUUGGCUUGGUAAUUGAUACCUAUUUUGUAACUUUUUUUUAUGUGCAUUAGGAAGCAUAUCCUCCCUUUCAAAGAACUGAACAUUUGUAUUUAUCUAAAACUUUUGAGUGUAAUGUAAAAGAAUGUACUCAGCUUUGAUUCCUGAAGUUUUGUACAGCUGUCAUCCCACCACAAGCUUACUUGUAAAAUACAAGCCUUUCUAUAUUUAGCAAAUUCUCUUCUCAUUCUCUUAAUGUGGAUUGUGACUCUUCACCCAAAGUACUGCAGUGGAUACUAUAAUCUGUCUUUCCUUGUGUUUCCUUUUGAUCUUAAUAUUGUUCUUGUCUUUUAUGUUUGUUAAGUAUAUAUGUUUUUGUAAUCCUUGUCUUGAAGGAACCCCUUUUGUAUUCCAUUCCCUUAUUUGGUUUACUAUUAAAUUCUGUUGCCAGUGAUGAUAUAAUUUCUGGGAAAAGAGGGAUGGAUGGCCCUCAUUCAUUAAGGAAGAAAUAAAAAGAGGUCAGUGUUGACUUUAUACGUGGAUGAACUGCACAGAUUUUGUUUUGAAGUGAUUUUGUGUGACUCAAGACUGAUCAACACAGCUGGUCAGACUAAGGAACUUUUCUAAAUCUAAGUUUAAAACAUCAUGAGAGAGGUGAUGGCUCUCCUGUUGUUCUGGAGUUACUGCUCCUUCAAUGCAGGGCUGGUUCGAAGGCAGGCACUUGUAGUCAUAGGAAGCCUUGAAAAUACUUUGCAUGUGUUCAAAGAAGCUGCUCUAGGAGAUUUUUAGAGUGCUUUAACAAAGAAGGAAAGAAUUAGAGAAUUGUGAUGUAUAUUUGAAAUUCACUUGCAUUCUGGAUUUCUGCAGUUAAGGUUUUCAAGUCUCUCUAUGCAACUAAGAGAACAAAAAGCAUGUAGACAAAACAUCAAAACAGUCUCAUGUAAUCACAGGAGGUUAGAAGAUGGGAUUAUAAGACAAAUGUUCAAAGAUCAGUGAUUUAUUGUUGCAUUUACAGAAGUUGGUAACUCUAUUAGCAUGGUUUUGAUUUCUUGUUGUCAUUAUGUAGUUUUUAGGUGUUCAGUGAGUAAAAAUAACUAAUAAGCUCAUUUUGGGUGAUUUUUUUUCUAGACACAGUCACUGUCUCUGAAAAUAAGCUGUUUUGAAGUGCAGAGUUGGUUGCAGAAUGUCACUGUAAGGUUUUGUGGCUCAGAGUCUGCAGUGGAGGAUGUAGGAAGCCGUCUCUGGAAUUCCCUGUUCCUGGAACUUGGCUGUUGUGCGACAGCAGAGGGUGCUGGUGCCAUCCCUGAGCAGCUCAGGAGGAGAAUUUCAGUGAAUGUUUGUAUGUGAACGGUUACAAUGAGAGGGAAGCACUAAACACCAGCCUUCUCAUGUAGAAGUUUGGAUAGAGACGGCCCCAAUAAUGUAUUAUGUCUUCUUAAGGGCUGUUGUCUAAAAUAAAAUAUGUAAUUUGUUUUGAAGUAUUACAAUAGAAAUUCUCAGCUCAGAAAAGCUGCAGUUCCUCAGUGUGUGCCACCUGCUCUCCUAAGUGCUUUUCAGAUCAAUACAGUAAAGAUAUUAGCCUGUGAGGGCACUCUGUCCUUUAGAACUGUUCCUGGAACAGGAUAGACCUGAAGGAUACAGGUAAUGAGAGAUGUGAUUAACAGUCUAAUAAAAAAGGCAAACUUUUCUCUUUGUCUUUUCCUCCAGUGUUUGUUAGCUUACCUACAAUUUUCUUAGAGAUUUAUCCUGGUUAUAAGAUAUGACAAAUUCGUCACAUCAGACAUCACCAAAAUGUUAGUAAUGAUGAUGUGGAACAUCUUGGGGAGUCUGAGCAUCUGUUUAAGAUUCUAACCUUGGUUUGCUUGCUGUACUAUAGAAUUAUGACUCCUCUAUGUUGUCAGGAAAUAUUGCACCCAAAGUAUCAAUAUUUGUUACAGUCAACAACCUGGGAUAAUUCUUGGUGCAGAGGUUCACCAAAACCUCUGUUUCUCAUUGAAAACAGCUUUUUAUGUCCUUUAUGGAAGUAGGCAGGUGAAAUAAACUGUAAAUUCUGGUUUUAGAACACAAACCCAUUCAUCUGCCCAGAACAAAAAGGUUACUCAGGUAUUUCCAGCAGGGUCGUUGAAGGGACAGGGCUCAAUGAUGAGUGAAAGUUCAGCUUGAGAAAUGAGAGGUUUAUAGUGGGAAGCUGCAAUUCAAAUGACUCUUCCAUAGUGGGAUGGAUCUAAGCCCAAGGAAGGGCACUGAGAGGGGCCUUUCAAUAGUGGCUCUUCCUGCAUUUCUCUCUGCACGUGAGGGAUACCAGACCUGGCUGUUUUGAACCACAUGAAGUAGGUGAGCACUGUGACUGCCCUGCAAAUCAAAACCUGUUGUGAGCUGCUGAUCAAGUCCACAGCAAUGCAGCUGUGGCUUUAAAUGGAAUUGCUGUAUGAUCUGUGCAUUAAAAAUGCAACUUCUCAGGAGUGAGCUAAGCCAAAAUUUAGCAGCUUCCUCUGACUUGAGGGGCAGAUUAUUGACUAUGGAAAAUGUGAGAUGCUAUUUUUAUUCUCAUUGUGCUAGGAGUGAUUUAAAAAGAAGCUAUCUUAAUAGCUGUUUAUUUUUUAGAGGCAGUUCAAAGAAGAAAAAUCUAGAGGCAGAUUAUCUAAACAGGAUUAUUAACAGUAAAAUCUUGGACUGAUCUGUAAGUCAAGUUAGUCUCUAAACAAGAAGCAGGUAUAGAAAUGGGUAAAGUGCAGACUUAUAUAAUUUUGUAUGAUGUAGGGAUAGAAAGAUUGAUUGGCAUAAAUAAUAUACAUGGAAAAGAUUGUUUGGUACCUGGAAGCCUCAUUCCAGCCUUUCUUCUCACUGCCUCAGAAUAUAUCACUUCCCUCUCUCAGCAUUCUUACUUUUCAUUUGGGGGAUCAAGUCCAACUUUUACUUAACCUGUUUUGUAGUCAGUCCUAUUUUACAGAAUUUGGAUGAAAGGCUGACAAACACAAGGUCACACACCUGUCAAUACUGGCACCACUUGUUCAAAGUUCACCCUAAUCUAUGUGGUUAAGGUAAUACUUCUUUGCAUUUUCCCUAUUAUACCAUUCUGACUCCAAAUUAGUUUUGAUUUACAGGUAUUUUUCCAUCAUAGAAGUGUGGGAUUAACUGCUUUAAAUUAGAGCCUUUCUACAUCACUUAGGAAUAUGUUUCUGUGGCAUUGAGGUAACUUCUUCCAAGUUACACAAUAAGUUCACUGUAGCAACUACAGCAAUGUAUGGAAAAAGGUUGGAGUCCUGAGGCUGUGUUGUGUUUCCAUAGAGUUUAAAUUCCAUGCAGCAGCCUCCCCUAAUGGUGUCACUGGUAGUGCUGAGAGCUGAUGAAGCAGGAGGGGAUGGUGCUGUUUAGCUCCUCGUGGGUGACACUCAGGCUGUGCUAAAUGUCUGUGUCACAGGUGACGUGACACAGGGGGUGAAGUGACAGUCACUGAGCAGCAGUGCAGGGCUGGCUUGCACCCAAAGGUGCAAAAUUACCAGUUAUGCCUGUGGGAUGAAAUAGCUUCACUGGACUUUGUGAGCUGUAGAAAUAUGUUUUGUUCGUACAAGAGUAAAUAAGGUGACAUUUCUGUCACAGCUAGAUGUACAAAUUAGGAUAUAUCUACAUUAAACUAGAGCUGUGUUUUAAACACAAGAGGCAUUUACUCAGUUUGGAUCUGGAGUCAUACAUAUUUCAAAGAGGAGGAAUAAAUAUAUGUUUUAGUACAGCAUUUAAUUCGUAAAGGAAGUUCUGCCCAGAAAUGAGUGACCUCAUCUGUAGUUGCAUGAAAAGAAAUCAGAACAGAUCCUCAUUUUGUGGAGGUUUUUCUUCCACUUUGAGAGAACAAUUUAUUACAUAAGCAUCCUUAGUGUUAUGAUCUCUGCUAAAAAAAAAAUCUGUCUCCUUUCCUUCCAUUGUUUAUAAAAUAAGAGUUUUGGCUUUGAAACAUACUAUGUAUUGUGGUAGAAUAAUCACAAAAUUAUUGCAUGUAAAAUGCUAGAAGAAUAAAUAUCAGUUUUUAUUUGCUAUUUAUUUAAAAAUUUCAGAGCAUGACUUGCUACUAAUUCUGCAAAGUACUCCAUCAUGGUUCAGUGUGGGCUGGGGCUUGGACUGACCACAUGGAGCCUGUCCAAAGGUAGAUUGCAGGUCUAGUUCUGCUCUUCACUGGACUCAGUGCAAAUUGGAUUAGCUCCCUUUUAGGAGAUGUUUAAGCAAAGUGGAACAUAAGCUUUCAGGUAAGUGUUUUGUUUUAAUAGUGACCCAUGUCAUGCAAAUUCAAACGAUGUAACUCAGGAGCUGAUACGGCAUGGGCUGUUGUGACAAAGUGUAAUGUUGCAAUCUAGAGUCAACCAUACUGUGGUGGGGGAAAAGUUGGGUCUUACCACUUACUCCUGGGAAUCCAAGCCUGGUAACCAGGCUGGUGUGGUUCUGGUGCCUGUGCUCAGUCUAAUGCCUCUAGGACAUGUGUUUGCCUUAGACUUGCUGGGUGUGGAGGUCUUCAUUUAUUCCUUGGUAAUGCACCCCAAAAUGGUAUCUGAGGUCGUCAGAAGUUCCAGGUAAACACAUCUUCUCUAAAGGCACAUUCACUGUCACCCCUGAGAGUCCUUGGAACCCCAAUGAGCAGUAGCUGCUCCAUGCAGUGUGUUUGUAUCCAUGCCCAGGGGGGCCCUGCACAUUUGGCUUUGCAUUUACAGCAUUCCCUCUUGCCAUACAGCAGGAGAAGUGUUUGUGCAGCUCCUGUUUAGGGGUUCUCUUGAGAGAACUGUGGCCAGUCCUUACUCAAACAGUUGUGUUCCAUGGUAUGUUGGAUUAAUCUGACAGUGGGUUACCUGCAGUACAGUGUUUUUAUGACUGCAAGCCACUCAUUUGGCCCAAUGUGCUCAGUUUUCAUAGAGCAAGUCUCCUUUGCAACCUCACCAAAGUCACUGGAAUUGGCAGGAACUGAGUGAAUGCAAUUUGUCUCUGUUGGUUAUUAUGUUAUUCCAUCCUUUCCUUAUGGAUCUCUCAAUUGAAGGCUGUGGCUUGAAAGUGAGAGUACACAGACCCACUGCUCUAAUCCAUUUCUAGAGCAUGCCACUCCUUUAUAAAAAAGGGCAGUUUGUGUCUCUCGAAAGCUAAUGACAUAGCAGAAGGAGCUGGGAUGCAAUGGUGGGAUGCCUGGAGCCCUCUGGGGAGACCUAGGGUGUGGCAGAGCCUAUUCCCUCCCCUGCCUGACCUGCUGUUCCCUGCUCAGCAGCCUGCGGGCUGUUUUGGGAGCAGCGUGGUGAAGCAGGAGGUGCAGGGUCCCCCCAUCCCGGCUCCGGGCUCUGCCCGGCUCCUGCGGGCGCUGCUCCGCCGUUCAUUUACCUGCGCUGUGCUCGGGGAGCCGAGGCUGGUGCAUAAUUACCUGUCCUCAAAAUUACUUCCUCGUGGCUUUUGCCAUGUGAAAGGAGUGGAGCCGGCAGCGCCGGCGGUGUCCAGAGCCAGAGCUGCUGGAACAUCCCAUUCCUUUGGCUCCGACAGGCAGGCUGUCAGUCCUCACUCUGUUUAAUAAUGCAAAUUUCAGAAGUGUGUGCGCACCAAAACCAACAAUUUUCAACACAGAACUCGUACUUUUGACAGACUUUUGCAUUUGUUUUUCAGUAUGGGUCUGUAACCACAGUACUGCAGUAAAGAUUUUUUUUAUUUUAGGGAGAGACCUAAACAGCAACAACCUUUAUGCAAUUUUCCAAAGAAAUGUAAAGUAACAAAAAGGAUUUCAGUGCUAAAUGGCACUUUGGGCUUUCUUUCAGAUGUGAGGAAUAGCUCUAUCACACAGAAACAAAUCUGCUAAAGCCAAUGGAAUUAGUUUGGUCUAAAUAAGAUUAUAAUUGGGUCUUUCUGUUUCUGCAUUGCUCAAAAAAAAUCCCAGUAAACAACUUGAGGUCAAGUCUCGUCCUAGCUAUGCCAGAACUAUGUUGAAACUGGGGGAAAUUGCCCCAAAUUCCUGCUGCCUUAUAGCCUACAGCAUAAAAAUGGUUGAAUAUACAUCUGUGUUUCCUAGGUAGCCCUUUCAGAACCUGACUUGUAAUUAACAGCUCUAAUCUCUUACUAGAAAUACUGUUCUGUUGGCUUCUUUGACUUCCUCGAUGCACUGCAGACAUUCCUUCCCCUGAGCUGGCCCAAGGUGGGAGGUUUCACAGGCUGACCACAGCUGAAUUGAGGUUUUCUUCUGAUUGUUGUGGAACUGUAAUGCAGAGAUGCUGCUCUGGUCCAAAUCUGGAUUUGAACUCUCUCAAAACAUGGGGAUAUUUGGAGGAUUGAUUGUGUUUUUACACCCAUACAAUUAUGUUCUUCUAGACUGUUAAUUUUGGACUCACUCUAUCAAUAUACAGCCUAAUAGCAGAAUAGCUGCUACUACCAACACAUAAUCAUAAAUACUUCUAUUAAUAGCCCAGGCCUGACAUUCUGACUGUAAUUAAUCUGAUCAUACUUAGUAAUAAACUGUAGUAAUGCUUUGGACGUAUUUUUUAGCUGUCAAGUCUGCUAAUCAGUUUUGCUAAAGUGGCAUUCAGUGGGCUAGGGAUUUACCUUGCUUGAAGGCAGUAUUAAUCCCUGGCUAAAAAGAUGACUAUAUUUCUGGAAUCAUCAAACUAACCUUUUUUUUUCUUAUUGUUUGUAGUGCGGUAAGAUGCAAUGAAAGAAAUCAAUUUAUGGGAAACAGUCUGUCUACAGCAUGAAAAACAGUUUUGGGGUAGGUCUUAGUUUAUUUUUGGUUUCUGAAGUCUUUGGUAAGUUAACAGCUGUGUGCUUAAAGCACAGAAAUUAGAACUAAACUGAAUGACCUGUGACCAUUUAUUGUUACAGAAGCAGUGAAGUGCCUGUGUGUAAUGCAGGCCUAUGUUUGGAGGCAAAUUUUCUCUAGCUAGGAAGGGCUGAAAAUAGGAAACUCUUUUCCAUCCUGGUUUCCCAGAGAAGUGUGUGUGUUUUGGCUCCAAAGAAGGCAGGGAGUAGACACAGAGCUUUUGCCUGUUUUCUGCAGGAUAUCCCACUUCACUCUUGCCUGAUACCUGUUUUGUGGAAUAUGUUCUGCCUUCUAGCACUGGUUUGCUACGGAAGCUUGUCCAGCAUCUUUUAUACUCUUGUGAGACAAGGCUUUGAGAGACCUGAGGUGCCUGCAGGAUUUGUGGAUUGUUGACUUUGACCAAUGUGAAAUGAUGGUUUCACAUUCAGUGCCUUUCUGAACUACCAUUGAUGCAAACUGCCUCUGCAGAAUAAGCCCAGUGUAAACUUUUCUUAAAGGAUUGAAGAUAAAAGUUGGUCUCUGGCAAUGAAAUGCUGUUUUUAUUUUAGGCAUCUCAAUGUAUGACUGAGGAAGUAAUCUGAUUAGCACAUUUGCUAGAGAAACGAACCAAUGGGAAGAUGAAAAUAUUAAUAAAAUAUAGAGUUGAUUUAUACUCAAACUGGCCUUUAAAUUUGCAAUAUAUGCUGUAAGAACAUGCUUAUAUAACCUCUAUUUCUAUUCAUAAAGGUUUAUGUGGGUCUAUAUUGAAUUAUGCAUUUAAAAUUAAUCCACUGAGGCAGCCCACUGAGAUGCCACUUCUCAUUUAGUAACUGCAUUAAGGACUUUGUUCUUCAUUUAGAAACUGUGAGAAGCUUGCUUUGUGCUGUGGAGAGGAACUGGCCUGCCAGAUUCAGACUGGCUAUUAUAGGGUCUUUAGAACAGCCAUGUCUCUGUCUGCCUCUUUCCAAGUUACCAGCAGAACUCUAUUCUUGACUCUGUGACGUGGCUCAUGAAGCUUGGCUGAACCUGACAGACCCAACCGACUUGUGUCAGAUUCUUAGAAAAGAUUAAUGAAGAUUUUCUUCAGGGGUUGGGAACAGCUGAUUCUGCCUUUUCAAGGCUCUGGGGACCCAGAAUGAGCAGACGCACACGUUAGGGUUUUUUACCAGCAUCUGUAAUUCAGGUUUAUUAAGUGUUUUUUUUGUGUAGCUUUCAAGCUUCUCAGACAUUGCAAAAGGGUCAAGAGCUCUUCUGGAUAGUUACAUGGAUUGUAUUCUAAGAACUCCUAAACUCUUAGUUUGUCUGAUUCUCAGAGUGCAAUUAUGCUGCAAAAAUGGCAUUGUGAGGCUAUGUUUUGAGUCUGAACUAAACUUCUUUAGCUCAAAAGUAUACUAGUUCUGCAUAUCCAUACUAGUGAAAAAUACAGAAUGACAUAUCUACAAAGCCUAUCUUGUUGAUCACAAAAAAUUGCUUGUUGUGGGAAUGAGUGCCUUUAUUAACUCUGGGCAAACCUGUUGUCUUCCUAUUCUGCUUUUGGUCUUUAUUAUCAUUAAGAUAGUGCUCUGUGGCCGUAGGUUAAAAAACUUGUGAAAUACCUGGCAAGACUCAGUUUGUAUUUCUCAUUCUGGGAGCUGUGCUCAUACUGCUAAAAUAUUCAAGUGUCUUCUGAAUAAUUAAGAAUUUAAUUCUGUGAAUACUGACACUGAAGAAGUUUUCUCUCAUACAGAGUUAUGUAUCUUCCGUAUUUCUCACUGCAUUGUUCCCUGUCCCUUGUACUCUCCACUCCAUCUUGCAGAUAGUCCAGAGCCACCUGGAAGUUCACCACCUUCUCUCUGUGUUGGGUGAUUCAGCUGGCAAGUUGAAAUUUGAAAGGAGGUGGUAGAAAAUAAAAUGGUUAAAAGUCAGCCAUCUUGUUCACAACUUCUCAGAAUUGACAGACAUAGAUGCAGGAUCAUAUUGUAAGUGAAGUUCUGUAUAAACCCAGGCUAAAUGUAUAAAUAUUUGUAAGAAGAACAUUCUUUCAUUUUUACAUUAUCUCCAUUUACCAAACGUGUUUUGUUUGCUGCUUUAUUUUUGUGUGAGAGAAUUAGUAUGUGUGAUUUACUAGAGGGAAGUUAAGUUGAAAAAACAGAUUUUUAUGUAAGUGCAGAAAGUGCUUAUUCCCCUGAUCACUUUUAUCUGCUACAGGAUUAAAUUCCAUAGUCUAGAUUCAGCUGCUAUAAAAAAAUUUUCUCUUGCAUGUGUGACUAUGCUCUAGUAGAUGAAGGUUUCACUGCUGCAGGGUGUCACACAGCCAGUCCCAGAGAGGACUUUAACUGUCAGGGUAGAUACUUUCAGUAAAAUGCAGUAGGUAAGGUAAAUAACAUCUAUAUAUAAUAGACAUUAUUUCAAAACAGUCUAGCCUUUGACAGAUACCCGAUGAAAUUAAGACUGAAAUCCUCAAAGUUAUUUAGGUGUCUCAUUAAUACAGUGGAGAAUUGGAUGUCUGAGUAUUUAGGGACCUGAAGUUGAAUCAGAAAAUAAUGAACAUCUUGAGGAAAGUAUUAUCAAAGACUAAAAUAGAUCAGAACAUCUUCCUUUAAGUCUCACCAUUUUAAGGACUCCUUGCAGAUUUAUUUGUGUUUAGAUUAAGGGUAAAUAAGAUCAUAAAAUUAAAUGUUCAUUUUGAUAUGUGCAAAGCAACUGGUUGCAUAACUGUCGAGUUAUGAAACCUAUAUUUUUGUCCUCUGCAUUCUGAACAUCUGUGGCCUAUAUUUAAUUGUAGUUUUCAUCUUCAGUUUGAAGAAACAAUGUUUAGCCUGAAGACAAAAGUGAUAUGUGUAGUGAAAUCAGCUAAAUAGUGUGGCUGAGUCUCAUUUGCUAAUGGAAAAGGCAUUUUUAUACACGUUAUAAGUUAGAAAUUUUAUUCAUUUGAUAUUUUAAAGACAGUUAAGACUGCUAUUCUGAACAAUGUGAAGAGUGAAGAUACAAAGACAUGGAGGGACUAUACCUCAAGAGGAACAAACAGGUGCAUAAGGACAGAAACAUGGGGCCAUAUUGCAGCAUCAAUUUUUAAACAGAAAUCUGUACUGAUUCCAGUAGGAAGUAAUUCUGGUAAAAUAUUGAUGAAAUGAUGUGAUAUGACCCAUGGGCAGGAAAUAAGGAAAUGUGCGAAGUAAAGCAAGCCAGUAGAAUUAGGGAAAAUAAUAUGAAAUGAAGAAACAAAAGAAAUGAGCACCUUCAGAAGUAAUACUGCUGUCAAGGCUGAAGAAUUAUAUAGAAGGAAGGUUUUACACGGGGUGGCAACAUGAUGUCACCACCUUUCCCUCAGCAGUCCAUACAGCCAGAUAGCUUCAGCCCAGAUUUGCAGCUGUGAUCUGUGUUUUGCAGUUGAUCCAUAUAAUGGACUGGAUGAGGUUUCCAGUUCAGUCAGCCUCCUUUUUUUGACAUGUAAUUCAAAUCCAAAUGCUAAUCUGAAUUUGUGACUCAGAAAUCUCUAAGUGACAUCCUUACCAGAGAAAGAAAAGAUGGAGCCUUCAUGUAGAGGUAGAAAGGUGAUGUUUGAAAGAUGUUUCUUAAUUUUUAAAAUGCAGGUAAUCAAGAACUUCUGAGAUGUUUGUGUUCAAUUUACUUCCAUGUUAUUGUAGCUGUUAAAUUCAAGGUCUCCAUAGGCUUCUUAGCCCAUGUCUGAGUUGCAAAUCAAGCUGUCUGCAAGCAUACACUGCUAAAAACAAAGCAGGUUAGGAAUUUUUAAUUUAAAAAAAAAUUCUGUUGUUAGAUGUAAAUCUCAGGUUUCCCAGGUGGCAUCUUGAGGAGAGAUCUUGAGGUAAAACUGGAGUUUUCUCUGAACACAAUAUGAUUUAUUUCCAUAGAGGUAAGGAAUUCUAAACUCCUGUUUCUGCCUGCACAUCUCAGGAAAUAGUUGGUUUUUCUGGCUUGGGAUGGGCUGUUCAAUAAUGAGGGCUUGUUCAUAGCCAUGGUAUUAAAAAGCCUUAUCAGCGAGGUGUCCCACUUAACUGAAUUUAAGGUGGAAAUAUUGCCAUCUGCUAUUAAAAGGUAGCUUCUUAUAUUCUGCCAGAGACAUAAUAAGCAUUUUGAGAGUUUUCUAACACAUUGACAUUCAUUUCCCCACACUGGAUCUGUAGAUUGAAAAGAAGACAAAAAAGGAACCCUCAAACAUACGCCAAUAACACAUGCAUAUUUAUGCAGCCAGCAGUUCCCUUGUUUAAGGAGAAUACUCAAAGAAUUAAAUUUCAUAAUUUUCUGAAAUAGCAAGGACAUUUAAAGAGCAUCUGUGGAUUAGUCUGAGUAAGGUUGUUCUGUGAAUUGCUUGAAAGGAAAACACACUCUUCCUAGGUAUUGCAACAAAUUGUUCCCAGCACUUCAGCUCAGUACAGUAAAUGAAAAUUCAGAGGAAGCAGCACAGUAUUGGAUGAACCUGCUUCAGAACAUUGGCUCAGGCCACAAAGCAAGUAAUUAACAAGCUGAAUGAAGCAUUUAAGCCCACGCCUUAUCAUUUAUGUAACUAACCUUUGAGUUUUGGACGCACUGGUAUGCUGCAGUGAAGCCUACACAGUGUUUCUUUUAUGUGUGUGUAUUGAGCAAAUGGGAAAUGCAUACCCUGCCAUUUGUUUUUCACAUUUUCAGCACUUAUCAGAGUUCUCUGGCUGAGUGAUCUUAUAUAGCAAAAAUGUACGCCUCUUGGACCUUUUUUCUGUAGUGCAGAAUGAAUCUAGACAAGCCUCAGCCUUGUUGUGUGUGGGGGAUGUAUUCUUUUUUAAGGGAGCUUUUGAGCUUGUUUAAAGCAUCAUAAGUAGCACUAGAAAAGAAUUAAUUGAAUGCCACUUUUCACUAAAGAAGCGAGCAACAAAGAGUGAUGGGGAUUUUGCAAAAUCCUUGUUUAUGGAGGCAGCCUUCAAAUACAGCUUUGAAAACAAAUCAGGAAUGCUGUGAACCAAAGAGGUCUCAAAAGACGUAGUUUCCAUCCUUGUCACACAUCUGUUUUGCCCAUCCUGAGAAAUACUGGGCAUGUUAGGAGUGCUGAGACUGCUGAUGACGUUACUUUCCUACAGAGCUCAUGAGAUAGAAGUGGAAUGUAACAUCACCUCUGCACUUGGGGAAUGAGUCAUUUUGCUUAUUAAUGCUCUCACUUUUGUCUCUCCCUCCUGUUCUUUUCUCCAUCACUUUUUAACCAGACUUAUUUGGAACUCUUGUGAGACAAACACCAUUUCUCCUUGGCAGGAGGAAAAUAAAAUAGCAUACUUAACAUGGUUAUAUAACACACUGCUACGCAUGCCUAAAAUGAGGUCAUUUUGAUUAAUAUAUUUAUCUGGUGUACAGCUGUAACAGAACAUGUAAUUGUGAUUAAAAGACCACCAUUUCCUUUAGUCUCUUUGCACUAGCCUGUGAGUUUUGUAACUAAUAUCCCUGAACCUGAUGGGAGUUAGUUGCUGGUUAUGUCAUAAUUUGUGCCCUUGGGCUAUGGUCCUAGCCUUCUGAACCUUGGAAAAUCAUUGUAGUGUGGAAACACAAUUUCCCUCCUCUCUUCUUUCCUCUGUCAGAAGUAAAGUAAGAAUUCUGCACUAAUUAUGCUUAUUAGAAGCAAUUCAGCAAUAUAUGCAUAGAAGGAGGAAAGGGAACAAGGCAAACUGUGGAAUUCCUUAAAGUUGGAAAUGUUGCUGGAUGAUGGAGAAAGUAAAAAGAUGAGUGAUAAAGUCAGCUACAGUGAGCCAGGAGAAAAAGUGGAGCAGCAUGCUGCAAAUGUCUCUAGUAUCAUCUGUGGGAAAGAGAGAACCGGUAGAAUCUGCUUUUGGAAUACAAGCAGAUGUAUUUUUCUUUUGGGAUGUUGAACUGCCAUUCUUCAAAGUUCUGACGCAUCCGGUUCUAUUUCGGUUUGAUGACUCCUAACUAGACAUGUUAGGCGGCUGCUGCUCAGAAGCCAGCAUUUAAAAACACUGUUUUUCUGUUCCACUCUUUCUGGCAAAAAGCUCAUUAUUCAAGUACUUGCUCUAACCUUUAGUUACCCUGGUUGCAUAACUGGAAAGCAGCAUCCCACCAUGCACUUCUGUGACCCAGUUGUGCCUUUCCAGUAGUGACUUUAUGAGUUAUGAAAGGUGUGUCUUGCUACAUUGCUACAGAAACAUUUACUCUACUGACCCUGAUUUCCUCAAUAUUAUAUAGUCAUUGUACACUAAGGAAUAAAAAACAAUGCAAAAGCAUGUGAAAAAAAGCCCCCUAAUUCCACUAGGUUGAAAAUCCCUGUGUUAUGCUCUUUAGCCUUGAGAGUGUUUGGACUUCUCAUUGAUAAAAAAAAAUACUUGUAGAACCAAUUUUAAAAUCAUUAAUGCUUCGGUAAUCUUUCAAAAUGAGUUUUAGAUGAUACAUUCAGUACUAAUAGUCACAGUACAAAUCAUUGACUCAUCCAAGGAAGAGCCUGAAUAACAAUUGCUUUGUUGAACUGAUUUGCAGUCUAAAUUGUGAUGUGCAGCUUUCACAUUUUCCAGACUGUCUGAAGACUUGCUAAAAUCCUUCCACAUUAUCGUAUCAUCUAUUACCCUGUAGUCUACUCACGAUAAAAUCUCCCUGUGGGUGAGAAUGAAUUUCUAAUGUCACAUAGAGAAAAUUGUUUAUUGCUAGCACUACUUUUCCAAAAUCUUUCUGUAGCUCAUAGAAAACACAAAAGAGACAUGUGCUCAGUUUUCUUUGCCAUCACAUAAUACAGCAUAAGUCAGUUACAUAAAUAAAGUCACUUACAUAAAUAG